AUAACUAUGCCAGAGUACCUGGCAUACUGCAUGUCCAAGUGCGCUACAACAUCUCUGGCUGACGGCCUUCGCCGGCAAUACUUCACCAAUGGCCUCCGCGUCUGUACCAUUGAGCCAGGUGCAUACAGGACAGCGCUGGUGAACCACUUGCGCAUGGAAGAGUCGUUCGACCGGGACCUGGACUUACUUCCCGACAGAGUCCGGAAACGAGUCAACGACAAGGUCGCCUGCUUACUUCAAGCACAGUGCCGACAUCCUCCAUUCGACGUUCAUGAGGGGCGAGCUUCAGGAGGUGGUCGACGCGAUGAAGAUGGCCAUCCGCGAGAAACUACCUCGUGCUUCUUACUCUCCCGGAGCUACCACGCUCAAUGUGGUUCGAUGGCUGCACAACGUGACACCAGCCGAGUUGGUCGACGAAGUGAUGGACGCGGCUCGUAGACUGUCCACGCUCAUAAAGAGAAAGUAGACGAGCUG